AUGCAAACAGCAGAAGGGAAUCAUACUGCUGCACACUCACCCAGCGGUCAAAGUCAAAACUCUUAUGAAUGGAUGAGGAAAACAGCACAAUCUACAUCUACAGUUGAUUUUCUAGGUAAGACAAGGACAAAGGAAAAAUAUCGGGUUGUUUACACUGACCAUCAGAGACUGGAGCUUGAAAAAGAAUUUCAUUAUAGUAGAUAUAUUACUAUAAGAAGAAAAAGUGAACUUGCUGCUAGUUUAAGCCUUUCUGAGAGACAGGUUAAAAUUUGGUUCCAGAAUCGAAGAGCAAAGGAGAGAAAGCUUUUCAAAAAGAAAAUGAAUCAGUUUGAAGGAUCCGGGUCUCUGCAGAGUGAUUCCAGUUCAGCCAGUCCCAACCCACACUGUGACUCUAUGGUACAAGGAGAAAUGACAAGCUCUUUAUAUCAACAACGACAACUUGCACUCAAUGGCCUGCAUCCCGAUGACAUCAUACAGCAAGUUGUUGUGUAA